GAAAGGGUCCUGGCGAUAGUGGAACAGAAGCAUAUGAGUGUUCUAGCAUGUCCCCAGCGCUUGGAUCCCUGUCGUAUUUAAGGGACAACUUCCUGUCCGGGCAGAGCUGACAUGAACAUCUUUGCUAAAGUCUCAGGAUUAGCCCAACAAACCAGCAAGCUGGGGUCUGUGCUCCAACGUGCCUUCUACGGGUCCAGUGGCAAGGUGACCCUGUUUGAACAGAGGAACUUUGCCGGCCGGCGCCUGGAUCUGAGUUCUGACUGCCAGAAACUGAGCGAGAGGAACUUCCCAGAGAGAUGCAACUCUGUGCAGGUGGAGAGUGGAGCAUGGGUGGGCUAUGAACAAGACAGCUUCCGGGGCCGUCAGUACCUGUGGGACAUGAACGACAGGGGCGAGUACAACUGCUAUGACAAGUGGUGUGCUCAGAUGGACCAUAUCGCUUCUGUCCGUGCUGUGAAGCAGGACACCAACCCUCCCAAGGCCCAGCUGUUUGAGAGAGCCAGCUUCUCUGGUAAGAGGACAGACAUCCAGGACGACAUCCCCAACCUCAUGACCCGACACAGCCUCAACAGAGCUGCUUCCAUCAGGGUGCUGGGGGGAGCUUGGGUGGUGUACCAGGAGCCUAACUACAGAGGAUCUCACUACAUCCUGGAGAAGCGUGACUAUAACAGCUCCUCUGACUGGGGAGGCCAGGGCAGCACGGUGGGCUCCAUACGCCGCAUCCGCUUCACCUAGCCCCACCCCUCGACCCUCUAGACCCGCCCCUCUACCCUCUAGCCCCACCCCUCGACCCUCUAGCCCCACCCCUCGACCCUCUAGACCCGCCCCUCUACCCUCUAGACCCACCCCCAGCCUUGCCCCUCACCCCCAGGCCUGCCCCUCACCCCCAGCCCUGACCCUCUAGCCCCCCCCGUCACACCCACCCCGCCCCUCACCCUAUAGCCCCACCCUUCUACCACAUAGCCCCACCCUUUUACCACCUAGCCCCAGCCCUCACCGGCUAGCCCCCCCUCCUCUCAUUCGCUACCCCUUCUCUCGUCCUCACCCUCCCUCUCAUCUUUGACUCCGACCAGAGAACAUCUCACACACACAUCUUCUUAGCCAAAUACACUCGCAAGCGUAACUCCACAACCAGAAACCUAUUUUAGUAAUAAACUGUGAAAAAAAUAACCAAGGAAA